UCAAGCUCGUACAUUUCAUCUUUGACCCGGAAAAUUAGCGGAAUCAAGUGCAACUCCCCGUUUUCAACAAACGAAUAUGGCGUCGGAAGAUGGGAUCAUGGAGCUCUCCAAAUUACGCGAGGAAUUCAUGGCACUACAAGAACAUCUUCUGGCAGUUGAAAUGAAAUAUCAAGCUGAACUACAAUCAGCCAAUGAAAAACAACAGAAUGAAUACCUGAAAAAACUGAUGGGGAUCAUAGCCAAUUUAUUUAACACACAUCAUUACAGUGAUAUAAGAAUAUUAAUGGAGGGUGAUCAAGUAUUUUCAGGGCAUAAACUUGUUUUAUUAUCAAGAAGUGAUGAGUGGGGAUGUGAUUUGAGUUCAAUGGAUGAAUUAGAUCUCUCAGACAUAAAGUAUGAUGUAGCUUUGACCAUGUUGAAAUGGGUUUAUACGAAUGAUUUGUAUAUUAAUGAUAUGGGACAUGAAUUUAUAGUGGAACUUCUUGUGAUAGCCAAUCAAUUUAGACUGGAUCCAUUGGCCGAAAAAUGUUCAGAUGCCUUGAAUUCAAUACCAAUAUCUGAAGAGUUGAUAAAAACUGAAGUCAUUGAUGAUAUACUUGAUACGAAGCUAUCAGAGGACCAUGAAGGUGAGGAAAUAACGAAUCUGGAUCAAAACCAAAUGAUGGACAAAAACCAAAUGACGGACAAAAAUUAUGAUUGUGAUUUGUGUAAUAAAUCAUUUGGCAACAAAGACGCUCUUUUAGAACAUGAGGAAAUACACGAAGAUCCGACCUGUCUUGAUUGUCAUCUUUGUAAUAAACAAUUCACAUCGACGGAUGAUCUUGAUGCUCAUUUAAAAGAUCAUAAAAAGGGAAAACCCUACGAGUGUCAAUUCUGCGAUUUAUCGUUUAAGACUCCGGUUAAGUUACGGAAUCACGAGAGAACACACAGCGGUGAGAAACCACAUCAGUGCGAUAAUUGUAUCAAGACUUUUGCGACCAAGGAAGGCCUAAGGCUUCAUCAGUUGGUUCACUCGGGCGAAAAAUCAUUCAGAUGCGACAUAUGUGAUCGAUCAUUUUUCCAGAAAGGAAGUUUAAAAAAACACCAACAGAUCGGUCAUUUUGGUAAAAAGACUUUCAUGUGUGAUAUAUGCGGAUCUUCUUUUAUUCAAAAUAGUCAGCUCCAAAAACAUCUGCGACGUCACUCGGGGAGUUAUCGUUAUAAGUGUGUGUAUUGUGAGAAAGAGUUUUAUCAGAGUACGCACUAUAAAGAACAUAUUAUGAUCCACACAGGAGAAAAACCCCAUCAGUGCGAUAUAUGCGGACAGGCGUUUAUACGGAAGAGCGCUCUGGUCCGACAUCGAAACAUCCAUACUCGAGAUAAAAGUUAUAAUUGUGAUACAUGUACGAGACAAUUCGCGGAUCCGAGCGCUUUAAAAAAACAUAAGAAAAUCCACACGGGUGUCAAAUCUUAUCAAUGUACGCAAUGUGAGAAAUCUUUCGUCGAAAAUGGACAAUUACAGAGACAUAUCGUAUCCCACACGGGUGACAAACCCUACAAAUGUGAUCUCUGCCCCUUGGCAUUUAGCCUCCAAUCAACAUUAAAACGUCAUAUGAACAUCCACACAGGAGAUCGGCCGUACAGAUGUGAAAUUUGUGAUAAAACAUUUAUCAGGAGUACUCAACGUAAAAUUCACAUGAAAACACACGACGUUCAUUUAGAUCGACUUCCUCGACACGAAAUACAGACUAUAAUAUACACCGUAGAAUAAAAACCUGGGCAUGAAAUACAGAAUAUACACCGUAGAAUAAAAACCUAGGUGUGAAAUACAGAAUAUAUACUGUAGACUAAAAACCUGGGCACGAAAUACAAACUACUAUAUACACGGUAGAAUAAAAACCUAGGCAUGAAAUACAGAAUAUACACCGUAGAGUAAAAAACCUCGACACGAAAUACAGACUAUUAUACUGUAGAAUAAAAACCUAUGCAUUAAAUACAGACUAUACACCGUAGAAUAAAAACCUACGCAUUAAAUACAAACUAUUAUACUGUAGAGUAAAAAUUAUCAAAUAACAUUCUCCAUAAUGUGACUUGUAUAAAUUAUGAAAUUAUAUUAAAUAAAUGAUAUGAAAUGA